AUGGAUCAGACUGGCAAGCCAGAUUUAAAAUUCAGAGAACCAUUCACGUGGGAUUUAACAUAUGCAUUCUUGUGUAGGACAGCAUUUCAUCCAUUAGCAUUGUUGGUUUAUCCUGCUUUGGUGUAUUUGUUGGACAAACGUUCAUCAGGAGCACCAAGUGUAUAUCCAGCUCCUUCAUUCACACUUUUGAGAGAAUUACUCUCACCUUCUUCUACAAACGCAUACAAAUGGAUAGGACUCAAAAAUAUUAACAACGCUUUGACAAGAUAUGCACGCAAUCAUGGACAAUGGAGACGUGAUCGACCGGAUUGGAAGAAGGACGUUGUGGUAAUCACAGGUGGUGCUGCUGGAAUUGGUAAAGCAUGUGUAGAAGUUUUAUCUCAUGAAAAGAAAGCAAAGGUGGCAGUCUUGGAUUUGGCUGCUCCAACUUAUGCACCAGCUCCUGCAGGCGCACCUGAAAUUCUUUAUUUCAAAGUGGAUGUAACUGAUGCAGCUGCUGUGAAACAAGUUGCCGAUCAAAUUAGAAAACGUUAUGGUGAUCCAUCCAUCGUGAUCAAUUGUGCAGGUAUUGCAUCUGGAUCUACAAUCUUUGAUACCGAUUUGAAGAAUUUGGAAAAAGUCUGGAGAGUAAACACUUUGUCAAACUAUGUUACCGCACAAGAAUUCGUACCCCAUCUCGUCAAACAAAAUCACGGUCACAUUCUCACAGUUGCAAGUAGUGCAAGUUAUAUGUGUUUACCGCAAAUGGGUGAAUAUGCAACUUCAAAAUCGGCAGCAUUAGCAUUCCAUGAAGUUUUACAUGGAGAAUUGAAUGCACGUUAUGCGGCACCAAAGGUACGGGCAUCAAUUUGUACGCCGACAAAAGUAAGAACGUCGCUAGGAGAUGGAAUGGAAGAUCAUAACAUGCCUUUCUUAACCCCCAAUUUGAUGCCAAUUCAAGUAGGUCGUGCAAUGGUAAACGCAAUCGAUUCAGGUUUAAGUCAUUAUAUCAUCAUGCCCCAAUUCAUGCGUAUCUUGCCUUGGAUGCGUUCUGUGCCUGAUUGGGUAAAACGUAUCGUUCAAAUCCUUGGUCAUACAGAUACAACCGUUACCAAUACAUCCGUCGGACGUGCUUUGAAUAACGGUUAUGGAUCCGAUUGGACUGAUGAAUUGAAAGCAAGCCGUGAAAAGGUUCUCAAGGGUCUUGUCGGCAAAUAAGUCCGAAAAAAGAAAGCUUUCUGCUUCCUACCGCAUCGUCAUACUGUUAAUUUUGCUGCAAUAAUUUGUUUUUAAUCUGCUGUCUGCUAAUCAAAUGAAAAAAUGUUAUCAUCAUC